AUGCUGCGUUUUUGCCGUUCUCGUCUUGCCAUUGGCGCAUACGCGCUGUUCAUGAUGGAGCAGAAGAACAAUCCCGCCCUGCGCGGUCUUCCGGUUUCGCGGCGUGGGAAAAUGACUUCCAAGCUCUACAAGGCCCUUGCACCUGCCGAACGUGCUGCACUGGAGAAGCGUGCCAAGACGAUGCCGUCUCCGAAACGUACCAAGAAGACCAAAGCAACCACGAAGAGUGGGGAGAAACCGAAGCGUGCCCUGACGAAGUACGCACAGUUUGUGAAGGCCAACCUGCCCAAGUACAGUCAGUUGCCCAACAGGGAAAGACUUGCUGCGGUGGCAAAGCUGUGGAAACAGCAGCAGCAACAACGGCAACUGCAACAACCGCAGAAGAAAAGGGUAGUAAUAGGAGUC